AAUAACAAAGAUGGCCGAAGAACAGGAGGUGAUACAGAUAGAGUUGCUGUGCAAGCAACUUUACGAGUCUCAGGACCCCGAGGUGCGGGACCGGGCUGAGAAGGCCGUUGUCGCUUUUCAGGAGUCCCCGGACACCCUGAGCAAAUGCCAGGCGCUCCUGGAGCGCGCGGACUCCGCGUACUCGCAGCUGCUGGCCGCCACUACCCUCGCCAAGCUCAUCAGCAGGUCCACGACGAGUUUGACGGUGCAACAGCGUCUGGAUAUCCGCAACUACGCGUUGAACUACCUCGCCACCCGCCCCAAGCUCGCUAACUUCGUAGUUCAGGCGCUGGUGGCUCUGUUCGCGCGCAUCACCAAACUGGGCUGGUUCGACAUGGUCAAAGAGGAAUUCGUGUUCCACAACGUCAUGGGAGACGUCGGGACCUUCUUACAGGGCCCAGCAGAAAUGUGCACAAUAGGAGUGCAGCUACUAUCGCAGCUGGUUCUGGAGAUGAACCAAGUGUCGGAAGCUGAUGCCAACCGCUCGCUGGCCAAACACAGGAAAAUCGCUUCUUCAUUUAGAGACACACAACUGUUCGAGAUGUUCCGCCUGUCCUGCUCGCUCCUCUCCGGCGCGAGAGGGAAGGCACUAGAUCCGCUCGACGCCAGCCAGCACGCCUUGAUAGCGAGCCUACUCCGGCUCGCCCACAACUGUCUCACGUAUGACUUCAUCGGCACCGCCGUCGACGAGUGCUCCGACGAUCUGUGCACCGUGCAGAUCCCCACCUCGUGGCGCGGCUCGUUCCUCGGCGGCGGUACGCUGGAGCUGUUCUUCGAGCUGCAGCAGUCGCUGAGCGGCGGCGGGCUGGCGGGGCUGGCGCUGGCGUGCCUGGUGCAGCUCGCGUCCGUGCGCCGCUCGCUGUUCGGCAACAACGAGCGGGCCAAGUUCCUCAACCGGCUCGCGCACGGCGUGCUCACCAUACUGGAGAACACGCAGGGCUUGUCCGACCCUUCAAACUACCACGAGUUCUGUCGGCUGCUGGCGCGGCUCAAGUCCAACUACCAACUAGGCGAGCUGGUCAUGGUCGACAACUAUCCGCGUCUCAUAGAACUCAUAGCCAAGUUCACAGUUCAGAGCUUACAAAUGUGGCAAUUCGCCCCCAACUCAGUACACUACCUCCUGUCGCUGUGGCAGCGUAUGGUGGCGUCCGUACCCUACGUCAAGGCCACGGAGCCACACCUGCUGGAGACGUACGCCCCGGGCGUCACCGCCGCGUACAUAGAGUCCAGACUCAACUCUGUGGCCGUCGUGGUCAGGGACGGCCUGGAGGACCCUCUCGACGAAGUGGGCUGCGUGCAACAACAGUUGGAACAGCUGUCGGUGAUCGGGCGAUGCGAGUACGGCAAGACGUGUCAGCUGCUGGUUUCACACUUCGAUCGCGCCGCCGCCGCGUACAGCGUCGAGGGAAACGCGCACCAGCUCACUGUACUCAGAGGGCAGCUAACGUGGUUGGUGUAUAUGAUAGGGGCCUGCAUCGGCGGCCGCGCGUCCGUCAACAUAUGCGACGAGAACGACGCCAUGGACGGGGAACUCGUCUGUCGGGUGCUGCAGCUCAUGGAUCUCACCGACUCCAGGCUCGCCUCAGGUGGCUGUGAGAAACUAGAGCUGGCCAUGAUGUCGUUCUUCGAGCAGUUCAGGAAAAUAUACGUCGGAGACCAGGUCCAAAAGAACAGCAAGGUGUACCGGCGGUUGUCCGAAGUGCUGGGUCUCAACGAUGAGAGCCGGUUGCUGAGCGUGCUUAUGAGAAAAAUCAUCACCAACCUGAAGUACUGGGGCGGCUCGGAGCAGAUCAUAGCGAAGACCCUCGGGCUGCUGAGCGACCUCAGCGGCGGGUACUCCUGCGUGCGGAAACUAGUCAAGCUGGAGGAGGUGCAGUUCAUGCUGACACAUCACACGGCAGAACAUUUCCCGUUCCUGGGUAUAACCGGAGUAGGCACGACGGAGAUGCGAUGUCGCACCAUGCUAUACACGGCGUUGGGCCGCCUGCUCAUGGUGGAGCUAGGGGAGGACGAGGAGCGCUUCCACGCCUUCAUGAUGCCGCUCACAGCUGCCUUCGAAAGCCUGGUCAGCCUGCUGGGCCCUCCGGAGAGCCCGCUGUUCUCGUCUGAAGACGCCAAGAAGACGCUGAUCGGUCUAGCGCGGGACCUGAGAGGUCUGGCCUUCGCGUUCAACACCAAGACCACUUACAUGAUGCUGUUCGACUGGAUUUACCCUGUAUACAUGAAGGUGCUUCUCCGCGGCAUCGAGACCUGGUUCUCGGAGCCCGCGCUGACCACGCCAGUCCUCAAAUUAACAGCCGAGCUGGCGCAGAACCGCAACCAGCGCCUACACUUCGACGUGUCAUCUCCCAACGGGAUCCUGCUCUUUAGGGAGCUGUCUAACAUCAUAUGUGCCUAUGGCAGCAGAAUAUUGACGAUAGACGUGAGCAAGAAGCAAAUGUACGCGAUGAAGCUGAAAGGCAUCUCGCUCUGCUUCUGUAUACUGAAGGCCGCGCUGUGCGGGAACUAUGCCAACUUCGGCGUCUUCAGGUUGUACGGCGAUGAAUCCUUGGACAACGCGCUCAACAUGUUUGUCAAGUUACUAUUAAGUAUACCUCAAAGCGAUCUCUUAGAUUAUCCAAAGCUGUCACAAACGUACUACGUGCUGCUAGAGCGCCUAGCGCAGGACCACAUGGCGUUCCUUGCGUCCCUGCAGCCCGAGGCCACCCUGUAUGUGCUGUCAUCUAUCUCCGAGGGACUGACAGCAUUAGACACGAGCGUGUGCACGGGAUGCUGCGCCACGCUGGACCACAUAGUCACAUAUCUAUUUAAGCAAUUAGUACAGAAAUCAAGCAACAAAAUCCCUCACGGGCGGCAACCCGAGACGAGCAACAUGUUCAUACAAGUUCUACAGCAGCGGCCCGAGAUCAUGCAGCAGCUGCUGGCCACGGUCCUAAACGUGAUAAUGUUCGAAGACUGCUGCAACCAGUGGUCCAUGUCGCGGCCUCUCCUCGGCCUCAUCCUGCUCAACGAGGACCAGUUCAGCCGCAUCCGCGCCGAGAUGAUCUCCCAGCAGCCCCGGGACAAGCAGCCGCAGCUAGCGCAGUGGUUCAGCGGACUCAUGCAGGGCAUCGAACCCAACCUGCUCACCAAGAACAGGGACAAAUUCACACAGAACCUGUCCAUGUUCCGGCGCGACAUCAACGAGUUGCUGAAGGGCGCCGUGAGCGGCGCCGCUUGCAACGACAUGAUGACGUCAUAGGUCACUCGCCACACACACACACACACACACACACACACACACACACACACACACACACACACACACCCGCACACGU